UGGUACACGCGCAGCCCGCGAGCUAGUAGACGAUACAUACCGCGCGUUGCCACCGAGAGCUUACCGACACCGAGAAGCGGCCGCGUGCGCACGCGCGGGGCGAGGGGGUCGAGCGGGCGAAGCUAGCUAGUGUCGUCGGCCGGCCGCGAGCCCGCCCGGCAUGUCGGCGCUAGUGGACGCGCUGUGCGCGCCGCCCGGCGACGCAUCGGCGCUCAUCUACGACACCUUCAACGCCGCCAGCUUCCUCUUCGACGGCCCCGCGGCGGCGGCGCUCUACGACGGCGCCGGCAUUGUCGAGUGCCCGGCGCCCGCGCAGCAGCAGCAGCAGGCUGCCGAGGCCGCGGGGGAGACGCAGGCGGCGACGUCGUCGGCGCCGACCAGGGUCAGGAAGCGGCGGCGGCGGGCGCGGAGCUGCAAGUCCAGGGAGGAGACCGAGACCCAGCGGAUGACGCACAUCGCCGUGGAGCGCAACCGCCGCCGACAGAUGAACGAGUACCUCGCCGCGCUCCGCUCCCUCAUGCCGGAGCCCUACGUCCAGAGGGGCGACCAAGCUUCCAUUGUCGGAGGGGCAAUCGAGUUCGUGAAGGAGCUCGAGCACCAGCUGCAGUGCCUCGAGGCGCAGAAGCGAACACUCCUGGUUCAUCAGCACAAGGCGGCCAAGCCCGACGCGACGCCGAUGCACCACUCCAGCGGCAGCACCAAGGCCACAGCCGGUACCACGGCCUGCGUGGAGUCCGCGGCGGCGGCGACGACGACGAGCAACUGCAGCAGCAGCGUGACCGAGGACGCGGCCGACCACGCGCCGCCGCCCCCGUUCGCGCAGUUCUUCACGUACCCGCAGUACGUGUGGUGCCACUCGCCGCGCGACCCCGCGUCGUCGUCGUCGGCGGAGGACGGCGGGCGGCCGGGGGUGGCCGACAUCGAGGUGUCCCUGGUGGAGACGCACGCCAGCCUCCGCGUGAUGACGCCGCGGCGGCCCGGGCAGCUGCUCGGCCUCGUCACCGGGCUGCAGGCGCUCCGCCUCGGCGUGCUCCACCUCAGCGUCACCACGCUGGAGUCCCUGGCCCUCUACUCCAUCAGCGUCAAGGUGGAGGAAGGGUGCAGCCUGGCGACGGUGGAGGACAUCGCCGCGGCCGCGCACCACGUGCUCUGCCUCAUCGACGCCGCCGAGGCCACCGAGCAGCAGCAGGAGGAGGAGGAGGUGCUCGCCGCCUCGGGCCCGCGAUAGGGCCGCCGCCCCGCGAGGCGAGCCGGCCGAUGACGUCCCCGGCGAUCGAGGAGAGAGCCAUUGCCCGCAGGUGCCGUGACUCCAGUCGCGUACACAGCACGGGUUCUUUUGGCCGAGGCGGCGAUGCCGAGCGGGUCUUCGUGUGUGCGUCUCCCCCCGGUUUUGCAGGGUUCGGUGAACGUCUCGAUGUAACCGUGUAGUUUGUUUUUUCUUUUUUUUUUCCUUCACUUUUUUUUUGUUUUUCUAGUAGGUGUCCAAUCGUGUUGUUGGCAUGUCGUCGCAAUGUUUCGCCUCGCAUUUUAUGUGUGAUGGCUAGCUUCUCCAGCUC